AUGGGACGUUACUCAGGAAGAAGCAGCCGGCUCAUCUUAAUGUGCGUUGUGAGCCUUGUGCUUUUUGUGGUGGAGAUAUCAGUAGCAUACAUUGGUAAUUCCCUGUCUCUAGCUUCUGAUGCUUUUGCCAUCCUAUCUCACUUCAUCUCCAUGGUUAUUGGUUUACUCAGCGUCCGGUUCAGCCGCAUCAGGUGGCACAAGAAGAGCACAUUUGGCUUCCCCCGGGCAGAUGUGGUAGGUGCCUUUGGCAAUUCCAUCUUUGCCACUGCUCUGAUGUUCAGCAUCCUCAUUGAGGCAAUUAAGAGGUAUCUCAAUCCAAAGAAGACCGAAGAGGCACUGAUUGUCCUCAUUGUUGGACUUGUAGGUCUAUUCUUCAAUGUGCUAAACUAUGUUGUCUUUAUGGACUACUGUUACCGUGAGGCAUCCGUUGUCCAAGAAGACAUUGAAACAGGUGAUUCCCUGAACACUCAGAAAAGGCCUGAAGAGCAGACAGUACAGAAAAAAGAGAAAAAGUCUGAAGCUUUGAACAUCAGAGGUGUUCUUUUACAUGUGAUGGGAGAUGCACUUGGAUCUGUGGUUGUGGUAGUUGCUGCUGCAAUAUUCUAUGCAUUUCCCCUGGAUGCCAAUACCCCGUGUAACUGGCAGUGUUACAUUGAUCCAAGCCUGACGGUAGUUAUGGUGGUCAUCAUUUUAUCCUCUGCCUUCCCACUUAUCAAAGAGACCGCAACCAUUUUGCUACAGAUGGUUCCCAAAGAUGUUAAUAUGCAAGUACUGACAGAAAGACUAACUGAUGUGCCAGGGGUUAGCAGCCUUCAUGAGGUGCAUGUCUGGGAACUGGCAGGUGGGAAGAAUAUUGCUACCCUUCAUGUCAAGUGCCAAACCACUUCUGAUUACCAAGAUGCCUCUUAUAAAAUGCGGGAGGUUUUCCACGAAGCAGGGAUCCAUUCUGUAACCAUCCAACCAGAGUAUAUUGACCGCAAGACCUCUGAGCUAAUAUGCAGCUCACCCUGUGUCUCAAAAGCUUGUGCUUCUCAGUUGUGCUGCCGUCAGCAGGAAGCUGAACUUACUCAUGAUAAUGGUUAUCCUGAGAAAAAUGGCCUUCCCGCAAUACUGCAUAAAGACAAUAGUUUAAAUAAAAAUGGUGUUGAAAUUCCUAUUGAGCAUACAUUGGCAGAGGAUGGAAUAAAAAAUACAGACAAUUGUAAAAAAUCAGAUGACAAAUCAUAUCCACACAGUACACAUUUUUGAAACAGUUAAUUUUACACUUCAUAAUCUCUGUAUAGAACAAGCCCUAAUAGCCAAAAGGUCAGAGGCCAUUGGUUGGAGCUGAAGUGCGCAUUGGAAAAGCCAUCUGUGUUGUAGCGAUAAACCAAAACAUAUGUAAAAACCUGUUAUCUGAAAUAAGGAUUAUCAUCUUCAUUUUUUGCAUUCACCUAAAAUAGUUGUAAUGCAAUUUAACGCUAAUUUCUUGAACUAACUAGAUGGGAAUUUUUAUUUUUAGAGUGUAGCAGGUGUACUUCAGCUUAGACUGCUUGCAGUUUAUGGCCAAUGGCACUGGGAAUAAAACUCUGGUCUUUUUUACUGAAAUGGGCUGCUUAAUGAAAGCCCUGAGGUGGGUUGAUGAUUCUACUGGAUUGAACAAUUGUAUCAUCAUUAAGGAAUUUAGUAGAUAUGGUUUUCACUAAUCCUUAAACUCGGUUUACAUAGUCAGGAAUUUUCAGUUGUAACCAUAACUCUUGUGCUUCUGAACUGUGAGCCGGUGAAUGAAAUCAAAGUGUCUGAUAGCUGGAAAACACACACAGGAACGUUUUACUUUCAUUAUUUUCUGGACUGCCUCUUGUUUUGAGAGGAUAGAGCAGAAGCUGAUUUCUUGCUUCUCUAAUAAUAGUAAUUUUUGAACCUUAGUAUAUUUCUGAUUAGUGUAAAGAAUACACUUGCCGACAUUAAAGCACAGGAACAUUUGAUAAUUAAUUUCAUAUGAGGAUUGUAGCUACUCUAGUAAAUGGAUAUGCAGACACUUAUCCAAUUAAUUCUAUGCUUGUUCACCAUUUUGAUUUUAAAACUCAAUUUGUUUUGCUGACCAAAGUAAUUGUAAUAACUACACUGGGUCUAAUGUGUCAAGUUAGGUAGCAAUUACUGUGAUUUCUUCAACAUACCAUAUCUUAGUUGUCAUUCAUAAUGAAUAAAUAAGCUAGUGUUACCUAUUCAUGAAUAGCUUUGAUUCUGCAAUUCCAUUCUUUUCAGUAAGACACAGUUCAACCUUUUGUUUAUUAAGAAAGUUCUUUAAAAUUUGAUAUACAGCUUUUAUGCUUAAAGGGAGCUUUUUUAAAACAAUGGGAGUUUAUUGCCUUGAUUUUAUCACAGUAGCUUCUUUGGGUUCAUUUUAAAGGGUUUAAGCUUCCCACCCUCUCCCACAGAGGUAUAUUUCAAAACGUUGUGUUAUAUGCACAAAUUCCACUAUCACUAGGAAAUGUAGCCUCCUAGUUAUGUUUUUAGAAUCCAUUCUCAAGUGCUUUGAGGAAAAAUAAGACACCUCACCCUACCACUAGGGUUGGGUUUAGGCCUGGGGUGAGUAUACUUUUCCCAGAGGGAACCCUAGAAUCUAACUACCUUGUCUGAGAAUGUCACUUGACCUCACCAUGAUAGGCAGCUCUACCAGUGCUCACAAUCAGAACCUUCAGCAUGGGUUCAUUGUCAAAAACAGCCUUUCAAUAUCCUACUCACCCAGGGUAUGCUCCCUAUUUAUUUGAUGGCCCAUAAUUCAGCAUCACCUUGUGAGGAUGGGCAAAGAGAUUCUGUGCCUGGGCUGGCAAAUUUCCAGGACCCGUAGGUUAGGCUGGUUUGAAAGUAGCACACCCAUAUUUAGUACAGCCAAUUACUUCCUCUUAAAAUAAUCUUAAAGGCAAGACUUAAUGCAUACAGCCCGGUUUCUCAUUGCUUGAGAACUUCCAUUUUCUGAAGGAGCCAUUGAAAUCAACAUGGCAAAUAAUACUCAUUUAAGACCUAUAUUUAUCCUCUUUAAGCAGGUUUUCUCUCUUGGGUAAAUAGAUUAAAUUGUACGUCGAUAUUGCAGUCUUUUUGACUCAGUCAUCCCAUUGAUGUCAGUUGAAGGUUUGGGUGCAAGGACUGCUGAGUCAUGCUGUAAGGGUGUUGCACAAAAUGACAAGUUAGGAAACAACCUCUUUUUACUGCUCUGCCUUUUAAAAGAAUAUGGCAUGAGCUUAAGACUGCCUUUGCUUCUGUUGGGUUUGUAUAUAACUAUGGUGUUGUUUAAAUGUAGUGUCCUUUGUAUCUAAUAUUAUUUAUAUUUCCUUUUGAGAACUAAAGAAGAAACGGCAAAAUCUUUUCCCCAAAAUCAUAAGUAUUAGUAUGAUGGAACUUUAAAAAAAAAAAAUCAAACCUUCCUACUUGUGUUCAUACAUCUUAAAUCAAGUUACCAUGUUUUGUAUUAAGUUUGAAAGAUUGGUUGUCAGUAUUGUUUAUGACUCUGGAAUUACAAAAAACUAAUAACUGUGUAAUGCCAUGAUGUUUGCUUACAUAGACCAUCUUCUUUCUCUUUUUCCCCCUCCAGUGUUUGAUAAAAUGGUGGUUACCUACUUCUCAGGUUCUUUAAAAUAUUGUAACCUGAAUGUAUAGUGAAGUAAUUCUCUUCUACUUGUAUGCUUCCCUGUUAAUAUAUUUUAUCUGUGGCCUUUGAAUAGAUAAGCAAAUAGCAAGGACUAUAGAAAUCUUUAGGUACAGAAAUCAAAUAGCUUCAUUGUGCUAAAUCUGUUUAAAUUACUUAAAAGCAUUUAAUUAUGAAGAUGGGCAUUGCCUUCUCUCUGUACGGAUAAUGAGCACUUUCAGGAUAGUAGCAGGAUAGGAAACCUGGUAGGAUGAAGUCUCUGCCUUUAUUUAGGAUUAUGCUACACAACAUUUUCUUCCUCAAAAUACUUUUCUUAAGUCCAUUACAAAACAAGUUAUACUGGUUGCUUGUGGUGUUCCUCGUUUGGGAUACUCCAUUCUAUCCAUUAGCUAUUGGAUGUGAAGAGAUUUCCGUUGAAUUCCCAUGGUGUCUCUUAAUUCUCUUGAAAUUUGUUUAUCCCAUUGUAUGUUUCAGUAUUUUAUUCAUCCUUAUCUACAGACCCUUGUUCUGAGUCAUAGAUUGUAGCUUAGCACAUUUUGGCAUACAUUCCAUUCUGGUUUCUUUAAUUCUGUUGCUUUUUCUGCAUUCAGUUACCUAAAAUCUCCUAUCUGCCUCUUCUUCCAGGCCUAUCUGAUUGUGGGUGCUAUGCUCAGCCCUUCCUGAUUUACUGCCCUCCAUCCCACACCAGAUUGGCGUCCUCAGAACCUCUCUCAACUUUCCUCCUUUCAGUUUGUCAUAGUUGCCUAUAGUGAAUGUCAUCUGUAUUUUAAACGGAUUUCAUUCAACUAGUCAUCCAUCUCCUUCCUCCUGAACUGCUUUCAACUUAUAAGCACCCUCUUAAUUUGCUAGAUAAGAUAGUUCUUUAUCCCCUUACCCAGCUCACCCUGGUGCCAUGUUUCAGAGUGGCAGAUCUGUUAGUCUGUAUCAGCAAAAACGAGGAGUGGCUAGAACCCACUUCAUCAAAAGCUUAUGCCCAAAUAAAUUCGUUAGUCUCUAAGGUGCCACAAGGACUCCUCAUUUUUUUCCUGGUGCCAUAUUUAUGCAUUGGAUUUGAAGAUCAGUCUUCUGGGGCCUGAUCUUCAACUGGAGUAAAUUCGUAUAACUCCAUUGACUUCAAUGGAACUAUGCUCAGAUUUCCUAGCUGGGGAUCUGGCCCAAACGUCUAAGUGAAUUCAAGUACUCAGUCUUCUUCGUUCUCUCUUUCUGAUCAUAGCCAUACUGAUAUUUAUAUUUUUUUCUUUUUCUCCCAAUAACUUUUCUAUACUUGUCGUCAUGCCCCAUUUUUCUUUGUAAAGAGUAAGAGAGGGAAUUCAGUUAACUUAUUCUUAGCAGUGCUUCCCUCGUGUUACUGAAUUUUCAUCUGAUCUCUUGCUCUUUAUUUUCUCUAGGAAGAUACUUGACCUCUUGUGCAUUUUUUCAGAGUGGUAGACGUGUUAGUCUGUAUUUUUCAUUCUCUUUAGCUUUGAUAGUUCAUUUCUUAUUGUCUGCAUUUCCUUACACACAACCUUUUUUUAUUUUUGUAGCUGUCUAGUUCUCCUCCUGUACCUGUCUUACAACUUGCAUGCGCCUCUUUCAUUCCCUGAUUUAACUUUUGCACUCCUCACUCAGUCAGAUCGACCUUUUCUUGCCUCCUCCUGCUCCUUUGUGUUUGUUGCUAGAUGAGAUACAAAACCAUUGCAAAUUAAUCUUUGAACAUUUUAAAUUCUCUCUGCUGUCAGGAUCGUUUGUAUUUCUGCCCUUUCCUAUUUGAUGACACCAUUCCCUUUCUCAACAUUCCAGUGUCUUCCAAACACUUUUUUCCCUGGAAUUCAGCCUUAUUCUCCCCCCCUCCAUCUUUGAGUUUUCUGUAGUUCUAACUACAAGACUAAGCAACAGUGGUCUUUGUUGUUUUUUAGGCUGCUAACAUCUGAUCGUCCACCAAGUGGAUGCUUGGGGAAGCCUUAUGCUGGCCCUCUACACAGGGAUGAAUUUCACACUGCUGUGAAUAAUUUGAAUUCUUCAUAAAUAGUCCAGCCUUUUUUUUUUUUUUAAAUGGCUGUCUUGUGACCAUGAGAGGAUAAAAUGAAAUCUGUAAGGUUCCACAGGGUUUAAUUCAAGGAAGAGUUUGACCAUUGAUUUUUCACAUGUGAAAGGAACAAGUUGCAGAAGAGUUUAUCAAAAUGUUACAAAGAUUUCUAUAGAACCUGCUUACUAUGCAGUCUGAAUUAUGUGUCCUGUAUGGUGGAUGCACCUGCAAGUGAUAAAUGCUUUAUUUUGGACUGUGAUGCCUUAUAUGAGGACAUCAUUGUAAGGUUUUGUUACAAGGUUGGAGUUAUGUUGCUUAAAAACUUGUUUUCUACCUUUAUACAGUAUAUGAUUUGAAUAAUGUGCCACAAUAUAAUUUCCUUGAUCAUUGAAAUCCCUGAAUUGUAAACUUCAGUCAUUUAAAUAACUUAUGAGAGAUUUCUUAAUGUGUUAUGUACAUUUAUAUUAUUUUCAAAGUAAAGAAAGUUCAGGUGCUGUAAAUAAAAUGUAUUUUUAAAGAAACUGGCAGUCCUGUGGUUGAUGUGUAUUAGAAACUGGAGACCUAAAGUCAAUAUAUGAAAUUGAUUGAACAUGUCCAUGAUUGUUAAGGACCAAU